AUGAGUGCCAAAACCAAACGGCUAUCAUUGUUUACGUUUCUAUUCGUCACUUUGGUGCACAUUGCAGCGUUUUCCUCAGUCGUCCCCACGGCGGCGGCUCAGAACACCACCACCGGUGUCGUCGGUGACCUUGCGGCGUUGCUGGCUAUCAAAUCCAUGAUUCAAGAUGACCCACAAGGAGGUGGGAUUCCACUGUUCAUCGGAAAUCUUACCAACCUAGAUACUCUUUCCCUUGGCAAUUGUGCACUCGGGGGAAACAUUCCUGAUUUCUUCCACCGACUGAUUAACCUGAGAAGACUUGCAUUGCCCGGAAAUAACCUCAUUGGUAACCUUCCACCUUCUUUCUACAAUAUCUCCGUUUUAGAACAAGUAUUCCUCGAUAGUAAUCAACUCUCGGGUAGACUACCCAUGAACUUAGGUUCAAUCAUGCCUCGUCUUCAAGUUCUUUCUAUACCCGAUAACUUAUUUACAGGUCCUUUUCCACCCUCUGUUCUCAGUUCUUCAGAACUAGGAGUCAUAGAUGCAGCUAGAAACAAUUUCUCCGGAAAGCUAGUUAUCAAUCCCCGGGACGCCUGUAGUUUUGAAAUCUUGUCAUUAAGUACGAAUCAUUUCGGGAGUGGGGAAAACGAUGAAAUGGAAUUUAUAGAUGCUUUGUCGAUUUGCAAUAACUUAGGAGUGUUGGAUCUUGGGUUCAAUCAGAUGAGAGGUUUCUUGCCGGAAUCUCUUGGAAACUUGUCGACUAUGUUGUAUUUUCUGAGCUUUGGUUCGAAUUCUUUUUCCGGUGGCCUUCCGUCAUCGGUUGGGAGUCUCUCCGGCCUAACUUCCCUCGACUUGUCGAGUAAUCAACUCACCGGCACAAUUCCCGCGAGCAUUGGCAAUCUUGUAAAUCUACGGAUGCUAGAUUUUACAAACAAUUCUUUCUCAGGAAACAUUCCUGGUUCUUUUGGAAACCUAUCGUUACUUAUUGAACUUCACAUGGGGUUAAAUGAACUGAAUGGUGCCAUUCCAUUAAGUUUAGGGAACUGUAACAGGCUGCUAGAGUUAACCCUCGAUCGGAAUAACCUUACCGGAGACGUUCCUAGUCAACUAUUUGAACUCUCGUCGUUAUCCAUUACGCUAAAUUUAGGCAGCAACCAUUUAUCGGGACAGAUUCCCCGAGAGAUCGGCGAUCUUCAAAACGUAAAAGAAAUUAUCCUGGCAAACAAUCGCUUCUCAGGCAACCUUCCGACCACCCUAGGCAACUGCCGCAGCCUUGAAAACCUAAACAUAAGCAACAACUUCUUCCAGGGUUCUCUUCCACCAUCGUUGAGCUCUUUGCGCGCCCUCCAAAACCUUGACGUUUCACGUAAUAACUUCACCGGUCGGAUCCCAAGUUAUCUGGAAGAAAUUCCUUUGGUGAACCUCGAUCUAUCAUUCAAUGGUUUUGAAGGGGAGGUAUCGAACCAAGGAGUGUUUGGUAACAGAUCUUCAGUUUCUGUUAUCGGCAACAAUGGUCUUUGUGGUGGGCUACCUGAACUCCACUCAGUUGGAGUUAGAGGAACCAUCGGUUAUGCUGCUCCAGAAUAUGGGGUUGGAAGCAAGGUGUCAACAAGUGGAGAUAUGUAUAGUUAUGGGAUUUUGUUGUUGGAGAUGAUGACAGUUGAGGUUAUUGAUCCAAUUCUUCUGAAGGAUGAUGACAUAAGAAGCAAUAAGGAAGAUAAAGAUUAUGUGAAAAACGACAUGUGUUGCCUUAUGUUGCUUAAAAUUGGAGUUUCAUGCUCCAUGGAGUCACCAAGGCAUCGAACAGAUACAGCUACUGUUAUCCAUGAGCUUCAUCUGAUCAAAGAUGCCAUUUUAGGGAAUUCUAAUGAUUUUUAA